AUGUGUCUUGAAAUUGGCAUCACACAGAUUGAUAGCUACAUGCCAAUGUAGCAGAAGUAGUACAAAAGUAAGUAUUUUUUGGUAUUCGUAAAAGACUUUGAAAAUGACGAAUCCUUUUUGGAUGUUAUAUGGCAUCCAUAAUGAAAAAGCAUGUCAACUAUUUCUGUCGGUCGUCUUGUCUAUCUGACAAUCCUUGGCCGGUCUAUAACUUAGGAGUUAAAUCUCAGAUUUUGAUGAAACUUUCACACAAGGUUACUACUAUAGCAAGGUCUUAAACGCCUUAUAGUUUUUGAAAAUCGGGCCGGUGGCGGCGGAGCUACAGGCGUAAAACAAAAAAAAAUCGUUCAGAAUUCUUCUUUUUGAGGUUCCAGAGCAUCCUGAUCUUUUUCAAAAAAAUGCUUGCCAGAGUUACAAAUUGGAUGUAGGGGGUGGGGAGAGUAUACGUCAUUUAUUGGUGCUAUCAAUUAAUAUGUCACCAACAUAUUUCAUACUUCAUAGGUUUCCCGUUAUAUUUCGGUAGGGCGGUAGGCCAGAUCGCAAUGUUGUUAAAUCUGUCAAAGUCAAACUUCGUUUUUUGUCGGUUUAAAAGUUCCUCCAUUUUUAUCAAUAUUUUUGUAAUGGCUAAAAAUUGAAGUUUGGAUGUUGCAGUUGGUAGGGGACGAUAUAUCUCGAUUUUUUGACGUAGUCGAAUGCGUCGGGACUAUGAACUAAUUAUAUUGUAAUCGUAGCUACUUCCUCAGAGGAACUAACUUGUGCAGAACAUAAUCCUGUAUGAAUUAAUGACAGCAUUUCGUAGCAAAUGCAGAAUCAACCUACUUGCCACCAUACGAGCUCGUGCGAAAUCAAGUCCUCAGUGAUCUAUACUUCGACAAGCCAAAACUAAUGGCUUCUGUUGAACUCAAUCAUGCAACAAAUGUUCGCUUUAGGGCACGUUACAGUACUAUUGAAACGGCCUCGUAUAACAGGGACCUUGAACGGUGAGGAGUCGCUUGGCAUAGUCGAAGCUUAGGCAACCAGAAUUGCGUGACCUUGUAUGGAGCGUGUUCGCAUUUUGGACCGUUCGCGUCGCAAUCGAGAUGUCAUAAAUCAAAUACUAGAGACCGACCGAAGUUUCGGUUUCGGAUUCGGUUUCGGCCAAGUUUCGGCCAAAAAACCGGUUUCGGUCGAAGUUCCGGUUUCGGCAGCAAAUUGGCCGAAACUUUCGGCUUGGCCGAAACAUACGAUCGUAAGGUCUCGGGAUAUGUCCGGUUGUAGUCGGGCGAUCGCUUCGUGUCCGUAUGCGUUUCAUCACGUCACUUGAUCUUCGCCGACAAGCUGGUCACGCAUUUAUUACAUUUAUUAGGUAGUGUGCAUAGAAAUGUCUCACAGAGAAAGAAAUCCUAUUUGGCAGUUUUUUGAAAAGAGCACAAAUGAUUAAUCUAAGGCAGUUUGCAAAAUCUGCAAAAAGUCGCUCUCAUUAGGAAGUCAAGAACCCAAAAAACAAACACUAUAUGGAGUGAAGCAGCAUUUAAGUAAGUUCCAUGGAACAGAACACAGACAAGUUUUAAAGCGGCAGUCUGAAUUAGAG